CUUCCCCUCUUAGUUAUUCAGUCCCACAGCUGAGCAUGUUGAGGAUGGAACCAAAUGGCGCAUGCUGCAAAGUUAUAAUUGUGUUUUUGUGUUUCACAGCUAUAAGAACAGACAUUACCUGUAGAAAUGAAGCCGGGAAACCUGUUGACUGGUUUGUGGUCUACAAGUUGCCCAAAGAGUUUGGUAGUGGCCUGGGGUACAUGUACCUAGACUCUGCUGUCGAAACAUGGCAGAUGAGUCAAUUCACUGUCAACACCAGUGAAGGGGCCAUAGGACUCACUCUAAACCAACUCUACUUAGGGCAGGCCUACAUGUCUAACAGCACAGUUUAUGCCAUGUACAAUGAUGGACCCCCAGACAUGGACUACAUCAAAGGAUAUGGCCACACGAAAGGAGUGCUGCUCUUUGACCACGCUCAAGGAUUCUGGCUGUCCCACAGUGUCCCCCACUUCCCCUACUUCCCAGAGCGGGGUUACCAGUACCCCUCCUCUGGAAAGUUAAAUGGCCAAACUGCUCUGUGCAUGACCUACAAGUACGGGCAGUUUCCCAUAAUAGCACGGCAGCUGGUCUACCUCAUCCCACGUGUAUAUAACUGCUCAGUGCCCUCCUCAUUCUUGGACGACUUUGCGGAUUUGGCACAGUUGUGUGAAGGCUCCAAGUUUCCCCUCCCCUCAUCCAGUAAAAAUAUCGAGAGUCUUCUCUCGGCAAAAGGAGAGGAGUUUGUACAUUUUGCCAAAUCUGAACGCUUUGUUGAUGACAUCUACACGGGGUGGGUGGCCCAGGUGCUGCGGACAGACCUCCUGGUGGAGACGUGGCAGAGGCAGAGCCGCGAGCUGCCCUCCAACUGCUCCUUGGAGAACCACGCCAUGAACGUCCAGAAGGUGUGUCUCCCAGGGCCCACCCUCUUCGAGUCCCGGCAUGACCACUCCAAAUGGUGCGUGUCCACGGGCUUGGAGGACCAGUGGGCCUGCGUGGGAGACCUGAACAGGGAGAGGGCUCAGGUGAAUCGGGCAGGGGGACUCCUGUGCACCCGGAACCCCUUCAUGUACAAGGCCUUUAGACAGGUGGUGUCCUCGUAUAAGGACUGCUAGCUGAGGGAGAGAAGGAUGGGGGGAGAGAGAGAGAUAGAGGGAGGGAUGGAGAAGGAGAAUGAGAGACAGAGAGAGACAGAGAGAGACAGAGAGAGAGAGAGAGAGAGAGA